AUGCACGAAGCCGAUUUCCGGCCCAAUCAGAAGCUAACCCUUUCCUCUCGGCAGACCCUCUACCUGGCUGGCGCGCGCGUGUUCCUCGUCAGCAACCUCGCCCCGCUCGGCUGCCUCCCGACCGUCCGCAAUUUGUCUCCGGACGCCAGCUGCAACGUCCAGGUCAAUCUGGCAAUCGCGGGCGUUAAUGCCGCCCUCAAGAGCGCUCUGGCUCAGCUGCGGGGGGCUCUACCGGGGGUCACCAUUCUGGAGCUCGACUUGUUUGCUGUACUGGCAACGCCGCUGAACGUGCCCGGCGUCACCAAUUUCGGCCAAGCGUGCUGCGGGGCGGGCGGCCCCGCCAAUACCGCAAUCUUCUGCGCUUUCCCCGGGUUCACGCUUUGCUCCAACCCCGAAAACUACUUCUUCUUCGACGGCCUCCACGGGACGACUCAAGUGGCUGCGGCGGUUGCGAACGAGGUCAUCAACGGGAACUCCUUUGUUGCGCCGUCGAAUCUGUAUCAGACGCUGGUGGCGCCGAAACUAGGCGGCAAGUGA